CCUAUACCUGAGCCGACUGAUAUCGAGGCUUGGAACGCGCGUCUCUCCACCACCAUUGUUGCUGUACUUCCGGCCAGAUCCUAUUUUCUGCUUAUAAAAGAGCCUUUCAAAUGGCUCAGUGUGAGACAGAUGCUGAAAGCAGCCAUUCUAUGGAUGAAGAAGACACCAACACUACAUCCCUACAGAAACCAAUGAAAUCUGAUAAUGUCACCGUCCGUUUCUCAGUAGAAGAGCUGGAGUCAUUUGAAGAAAGACAAAAAGAAUCUUGUAAGAAUGAGCCAACAGAAAUCCACCAGACCCCAACCUUAGUGGGUUAUAUUUAUGUAAAGCCAGAGAUUAUGUCUCGUAUUCACCAAGGAGAAGAAUUAUGUGUAAAGAGCAAUUUGUAUUCUCAGAAAAGGAACUGCAGAACGGGCCCAUCCACAAUGUCCCCUAGGCUGACAGCGUCCCUGCUCCAGCAGAGAUACAAUCUGUCAUGGGAAGAGGUACUCUUCACGCAUCCUGUGAGGAUUGGUGACAAAUCGACCGGAGCAUGUAAAUUGACCAGUGUCGCAUCGGAAGAGAAUGAAAAUGUGACAUUGCUUUGUGGAAGUCCAUCAAACUCCAACACUAUUUUAAAGAAAUCCUACAUAUCAACACUUGCACUGAAAAAUUCUAAAGGAAAAGAAAAACCUAUAAAUCAUGAAACGCAGGAAGAAAAGACCACUGAAGUGAGAACCCCAAGAGGUCGCCGAAGAAGGAAAUACGUGAUGAGCGGAAGUACAAAUGCCGAAGGAGCUGAUGGCACUUUAAUGGGAAGAAAAACAAAGGCUAACUCAGAAACUAAAGUGGCUAAGCCAGCUAGAUCCUUCCUCUGCUCAGUGUGUGGCAAGUGUUUUACUCAGAAUGCCAGCCUCAUCAUCCACCAGAGAACUCACACAGGUGAAAGACCCCAUGUGUGCAAAGUAUGCAGCAAGAGUUUCAUCAGUAGCGCUUACCUCGUAAUGCACCAGAGAAUCCACACUGGAGAGCGUCCAUACGUGUGCAACGAGUGCGGGAAAAGCUUCAUAAAUAGCUCCAAUCUCAUCAUCCACAGGAGAGUGCAUACAGGAGAGCGCCCCUAUGUCUGCACCGAGUGCACCAAGAGCUUCCGGCACAGCUCCGAUCUCGUCAGGCACCAAAAAGUUCACACCGGAGAGCGGCCCUACACCUGCACAGAGUGCGGCAAAUGCUUCUUCCGCAGUUCACAUCUCAUUAGACACAGGAGGGUUCACACCAAAAUCUAGAAAAUGGCUUCAUUGAAUUGUUCAGCGUACUGUGAUUUUACUUCAUGCAUUGCCAAAUAUUUAGUUUGACUUAAACAAGCUUAAAGAGUAAUUCUAGGCAACUAUUAAAUCAAUAAAUCAACUUCUAAUGCUAUCCAGGAAAUGUUGCAACUGUGCUGCAGUCAUAAAGUUCAAUCGGUUUAUAUUUGUAAUAGAGUACUAAGAGUCCAGUCCGGUGUUUUGUUUUUUUUU